AUGUCUACCUCCGACACCGAGUCCCCUCGAACCCAACAAGCUCCGCUGGCUUCUCGGCGCGAGGCCCCCAAAGGAUCUGCCCCAGCAAGAGGCUAUUUUCCCUUGGGUUAUAAGCCAGCGUUUAGUCAGUGGUGGGCUAGCAUUUCACCGGCUGUCGCAGAGCAUAAUGUUAUGUCCUUUGUUCCAUAUCUACAAAAGCCUCCGACACAUACGCAAACUGGCUCCGCGCCAGUUUCAGCUGGCACAUCAACUCUAUCAGUAAACGAUCCGAACGCCUUGUCGGCACCAGUACGAACUAAUUCUAUAAACGAUCCACAUGGCCCGCGACAAUGGCAUUCAAAUCUUGUGAAGCUGAGUGGGAAGAACAGAGCAUUGAAUGAGUUCUCUGUCGAGAGAGUAGGAGAAAAAAUCGACGAUACACUAGUAAUGCUUCACGGCUACGGCGCAGGUCUUGGAUUCUUCUACAAGAACUUUGAAGGAUUAAGUAGAGUCCCAGGCUGGAAGAUAUACGCCCUGGAUAUGCUUGGAAUGGGACGAAGCACCCGACCAUCCUUCAAAAUCAGUGCCAAAGACCAAGCUGGCAAAAUUGCAGAAACAGAAAGUUGGUUCAUAGAUGCCCUCGAAGAAUGGCGCGUCCUCAAGAAAAUCGACAAAUUCACACUCCUGGGCCAUAGCAUGGGUGGUUAUAUGGCCGUUGCAUAUGCAUUAAAGUACCCCGGCCAUCUCAACAAAUUGAUCCUCGCCUCACCAGUUGGAGUUCCUGAAGAUCCUUACGCAACCUCAGCAGCCAUGCCCGAACCCGAAGAAUCCACUCUUGCAAAUGAAUUCACACAAGAUCAAGAAGCCGAUAUUGUGUCUCAAUCAUUCAACCCAAGCAGACGCACUACCGGCGGCGACAAUAAUAAUUUUGGCAACAUGCGUAACAAACGCGAGAACAAUAAAUCAAAACAAGAGCCAGCUAAACGCCCUCUCCCCUUUUGGCUCACAUAUCUCUGGGACGCGAAUGUCUCCCCCUUUUCUCUAGUGCGCUGGGCCGGCCCCCUCGGACCCCGUCUCGUAUCCGGAUGGACCUCACGACGCUUCUCACAUCUUCCCAACAACGAGAAUGAAGCUCUGCACAUGUACGCCUAUUCACUCUUCCGCCAACGCGGAUCCGGCGAAUACGCACUCCCUUUCAUUCUCGCCCCCGGUGCCUUUGCGCGCUCCCCCCUAAUCCGCCGCAUUCACGGCGUAGGUCGUCAACCCAUUCCCCCCUCUCCACAAUCACCCUCACCCUCACCCUCACCCACCACUUUCGCCCAAAAAGAACACGGAUACCCCGUUCUCUUGAUGUACGGCGAAAACGACUGGAUGGACAUAGCGGGCGGCUAUGCAGCCGAACAAGCAUGCAAAGAAGAACGUGAAAAAGUCCUUGCAAAUGCAAGCAAAGAGGAAAAAGAAUUAGAAAAUGGUAGUGCUCAGGUCGUCAUUAUUCAAAAAGCAGGUCAUCAUCUAUAUCUAGAUGGCUGGGAGGAAUUCAAUGAGUUUAUGAGGGGAGAGAUGAAAAAGACGAGGAUAGAUGGGCAGAAGAUGAGGACGGUGCUGGAGAAAUUAGGGGUGCAGGUGGAGGAUAGGACGUAG